AUGUGGAAGCUGGUUUGUCCUCUGCUUCUCCUUUGUUCACUUCCAGCUGUGGGUAAGUCGACAAAACACAAGGGUUUAUUUGAACAUUUUGCCUAUACAUUACAAAAGUUAAAUUACUCACACUUGUGCCAACAAAAAUACUUUUUUGCAGCAUAUAUAACAUAUAGUAGGGCCCGUGUUUGAAGGAACUCAUGGAUCAUUGGAUCUGGUAAUAUCAAAAAAUGUUGAAAACUGCAAUCAAAGUUUGCCAGAAAACAUGCUAAUGACCUUUAAACUGGUCGAAUGGAGUAAAAAAAACGAUCUGCUAGACUGUCACCAUAAUGUAGUGAUUCUUUAACUACAGUGGGGGCUGCGAAAUAAUUUCUAGGUUUAGUUAGUUGGUGCUGUUUCAGACUGACUGUGUGUUAGCAAGAUCAUGGGUGCUGGUCAUGGAUCAAGCUUAGGGGGCGGGGCCUCGAACACCUAUGUCUUUACUACUGGGGGUCUCAAAAAGGUCAAGGACCACUUCUGCAAUGCUCUAAAUUUAAUAUCUAAUUUCUCCUCGGGGAUAAAUAAAGUUCUUUAUUUAUCAUUUAAUCAUUAACACAUUGUAAUGUCACUCAAACAAUUGUAUUAAUGAUAUACUUACAUUUUUAGCUUAAAGAUUAGAAAACAUUAGAUUUAAAGGAAGCGACUGAAUAUUUUUGUACCUGGGGAAAUACAUAGUCCAGUUUUUGUCCUUUUUAUGAUGAUUCAUAACUUAAGUGUUAUUCCUCUGCUGACAGAAUCUUUUCUUUUAAAAGUGUUUUUUUUUUCUUAUCCAUUGUCAAACUGCGGCAAAAAUAUAGGUUAUUCUACAUGCAUGCUGUAAAUGUGAAAUGGAAAAGUUGCCUCAAACUUUGUAAAUAUUACAAAUGUUGUGAUAACUGUUUCCAGUUGCUGUGGGCUUUUUCAGGAAUAGGAAUUUAUUUUUUCUUUUAAAUGCUCUAUUUUUUAUGGUUAAGUUUACUUAUUUUUUCUCCUUGUUCAGUUUUAAAUCUCUUUUAUGUAUAUUGUUUUGUUGAGUACAUGGUUGCACUGUUUGUAAAAGCAAAUAUUUUGUAAGGUAAAAGCAAAGAAAAAACAAUAUUUUGAUGUGGUUUCGACCAACAUGUCUGUCCUUUAGAUCCCCUCUUUUGCUACACCUGUGUGUUCCCUGCCAUCUCUCCUCUGGACUGCAUCCGCUUCCCCCUCAAGUGUCCCCCCGCGCAGGUCUGUCUGUCGAGCAGAGCUGUGGGACAGAAAGGUGAGGGUUACCUUGAAUCACUGAGCAAAAUUUGAAUGAAUCAAAACUGAGAAAAAGAACUGAGAGAGGCGGAUCCCCCCCUGGCACAGACGGAGCUGAGUUUGUGUGGUUUACUUUGUGUGUGUUCUUAUGAAGCUCAUGGUUUUCAGGAGACCUCCGUGUGGUGUUGUAUGAGAAGAGCUGCAUCCUGCCCUCCCUGUGCGGAGUCAGGGGUGAAAAAUACACCAUGGGUCUCAACUUCACUUUCACCAAUGAGUGCUGCAACACACACCUUUGCAACGGAGCUGAAACACCUGCUACACCCUACUGGACUGUCACAUUACUCACACUGCUUAUUUCAUACAUGAUUUGGUGA